AUGGAUGCUGGUGUGACGUUCAGAUCAGUGCAGCUUCCAUUCCAUCCAGCACAGGCCAUUCAGUUCCACUACCAGGACCCAAAAUACAUUGUGGUCAUCAGCAUUGAUGAUGGGCUAUGGCUCUCACAAGACUUUGGGAACAGUUGGUCUGAAGUUCACAAAGGAGUUCACACGUUCACAUGGGGAUCUGGAAUCACUCUUUUCUUCAGUUCCAGCCCAAAAGGAACUGUGGAGGCAGCAAGACGAGGCGAGCUUAUUCUAAGACGGACGCAGGAUUUCGGCAAAAAUUUCACCACCAUCGCCAAGAGCGUCUUCUCCUUCGGAUAUAUCGGUGGCUUCCUGUUUACCUCUGUCAUGGAAAAACUGGCCUCUCCCCGUGUCAUCUAUGUGUCCUCAGACCAGGGUGACCAUUUCAAAAAAGCUCAGCUACCAUCAGCAACUACAGAGCAGUUCUACUCCGUUUUGGACGGCGACGAGGACAUGAUCUUCAUGCAUGUGGACAAUCCUGGAGAAGACACCUAUUUUGGGACAAUCUACACCUCUGAUGACCGUGGAAUCCUGUAUUCGAAGUCUCUAGAGCGCCACCUGUUUGGCGGGGAGGGGAAGAGCGAUUUCACUAACGUUACAUCUUUGAGAGGGGUCUAUCUCACCAACAUACUGGAGGAGGAUGGACGCAUUCGUUCAGUCAUUUCGUUCGACAGAGGUAGGCGAUGGAGAUUUCUGAAGAAGCCAGAGAAUGUGAAUUGUCCAGAUAGCUCAACAAAGUGUAACCUGCAUAUCCACGGAGAGCACAGUCACUUCAGUGGAAUCACUCCCAUGCUGCCUCUCUCUGAACCUACCGCCAUUGGUCUGGUCAUUGCUCAUGGUAGUGUCGGUGACUCCAUUUCAGCCGUCCGGCCGGAUGUGUACGUGUCUAGGGACGGAGGUUACACCUGGUGGGGGACUCUGAGAGGACCUCACCACUACACCAUCCUGGACUCUGGAGGCCUGAUAGUGGCUGUGGAGGCGCAUAGAGACAGACAGAUCAGCUCAAUAAAGUUUUCCACAGAUGAAGGACAGUGCUGGAAAAUAUUUAAUUUCACCGACCACCCCAUCUUCUUGGCCGGACUGGCAUCCGAGCCGGGCACUAAGACAAUGAAUAUCAGCAUUUUCGGCUACCGCCCAGAUGAUGAUGAUCAGCCCAUGUGGGUGGCUGUCACCAUAGACUUUGAGCACCUGCUCACCAGAGAAUGUGAUGAACAGGACUAUGUGCAGUGGUUGGCGCACUCUGACUAUGACUCUGACCCAGAAACAGAUGGAUGCCUCUUGGGCUACAAAGAAACAUUUAGAAGACUGAAGAAACUGUCAGCAUGUAGAAAUGGGAGAGGAUAUAUGGUCAGCAGGCAGCAGCACUCAUGUCCUUGCACUAGAGAUGACUACAUGUGUGAGUAUGGUUUCUAUCUGCAUGAAAACACCUCGGAGUGUCUCCUACAAGCCGACUUCUUGAAUCAAACCCAGGAUAUUUGCUUAAAUGGGGAGCUAGAUGACCUUCAGCAUACAGGGUAUCGUAAGAUUCCUGGUGAUAAAUGUGAGGGGGGUUUCAGCCCUCCGAAAAGAGAAGACUCUUUCAAAAAUCUUUGUGGGAAGGACAUUUUACCAGCCUCCUCAAAUUUGCAUACUGUGAGAUCACUGGGCAUGCUGGUUCUUGUUGUGGUGUGUACUUGUGUGGGGGUCAUUGGUUUGGGUAUUACUGCAGCUUUAAUAAUCACCUCAAGGAGAAUAAACUGUAGGCAUAGGUCACAUGCUUAUCGCUUUUCUGCUCUGCAACUCCAAGAUGAUGAUCUGUGUGUUAGCAAAGACAGCAGCCCCAAUGGCAAACUAAAUGGUUUCCAAGUCCAGGAGGAUUCCGAUGAAGAUCUCAUUGAGUGAACAACAUUUAAACUCUUGGAACUACUCGGGCUUUGCAGACAAGUUUUUCAAAUGAAUCUCACACCCA